AUGCAGCAGUGGCAGGUCGGCCCUGUGCCGGAGUAUGUUUACGCCAACUCCACCCAUCCCCCCAACGACAUGCACAAUCACCCCUACCAACCCGAUAUGGCACGCCGAACCGAGCAGCGCAUGGAAUUCCCGUACGGAACUCCCCAGUCGGGAAUAACUCCCCAGCAGCAGCAGCAGCAGCAUCACCCUACUCCGGUCCAGCCGCCGAUGAAUGUCCCUCAACCUCCAAAUGCCUCAGCUGCCCAACAGCAGGCCGCGACUCCCACGCCAGCACAAAGUCGCCAGCGAAAGCGACCUGCUCCAAAUACUGCCCCAUCGCCGGCUACUGUAACGCCUGCUGCUCCUGUUGCUGGAGCUGGAAGCCAAGUUCAACCUCCGGCUCCCACUCCUCCCACUCCUCAGACUGCUCCCUCGACAUUGCAGCCACAGGCUGCAACAGAAGAUGCCAAGACGACGCCUGUUCAGCCGCCUCCGGCCAAAAAAAGCCGUACUAAUACCCCAUGGACGCCGCAAGAAGAACUGCGGCUCAAACAAAUGCGAGACUCGGGUAACAGUUGGGCAGAAAUUGCCAAGACAUUUCCCACCAGAACAGAAGGUUCAGUCAAGAAGCAUUGGUACAAGGAUAUGCACUAUGCCGAGUUUGCAGAAGAUGAAAGCCAGGCCUUGUUGAACGCAAUCAAGGAAUACGAAAACAACAAGUGGAAAGUGAUUGGCCAAAAGGUCGGCAAGCCGGCAAAGGCAUGUGAACAAUAUGCCAAAGAGCACUUCCCUGAUCUGUUCGCAAACGGCAAGGGCAGGUAG